CCCUGGUGAGCUUGGCCAGGAACCGCUACUGGAGGAGACACCAGUCGGGUGUCCGUACCUCAGACAGCGCAGGAUCCCGUGAACCUGAGCCGCCACACGGUGGAGCCCAGCCCACCCAAACUCUGAUUUCUUCCAUUGAUGGCUUUCCAAACACAUCAACACAGAACAGGAAAAAGUCCUCCUGUUCCUCACUUUAAAACACAGCUUUACAUCGUUGUUUUAUUUUGAUCCCACCACCGCUAUAGAGUGAACUAUUUAUCUCCUCAGUCUCGCAGGUACUUAUUGUCUACUUAUAAGGCUUAUCUUCUUAAAGUUAUCGGCCACAUUACAUCGUAAAGACUCUGCGCGAGCGGCAGCCUGCUACCUCCACGCUCCCGCGCGCUGACUGAGCGGGAAAAGCACAGGCUCGUGAUGAUCGCGUCCAACGCGAGCCUGAGCGGCUGCGCGGGGAGCGACGGUGCGGGCGGCGCGCUGUGCGCUCAGUUGGAGAACACGAGGGCGUACCGGACCAGCCUCACUCCGACCGGGCACCGGGUGGUGGCGGUGUGCCUGGGCGUCACUGGCACGCUUGGGCUGCUCACCAACCUCCUGGUGCUCGUGCUGUUCUGCCGCCACAAGCUGCUGCGCUCUCCCAUCAACAUGCUGCUGGUUAACAUCGCACUCAGCGACCUGCUGGUGUGCCUGCUCGGGACGCCCUUCAGCUUCGCCGCAAGCACGCAGGGCCGCUGGCUGAUCGGCGGGGCAGGCUGCGUGUGGUACGGCUUCGCCAACUCCCUGUUCGGCAUUGUGUCUCUGAUCUCUCUGGCCGUGCUCUCCUACGAGCGCUACAGCACCAUGAUGGGCCCCACUGAGGCCGACGCAUCCAACUACCGCAAGGUGUCCCUGGGCAUCGGCCUGUCCUGGGCCUACUCCCUGCUCUGGACCCUCCCCCCGCUCUUCGGUUGGAGCCGGUACGGCCCCGAGGGGCCCGGGACCACCUGCUCGGUGGACUGGACGGCCAAGACCACCAACAACAUCUCCUACAUCGUGUGCCUUUUUGUGGCCUGCCUGGUGCUUCCCUUCAUGGUCAUAGUGUACUGCUACGGCCAGCUGUUCCGUGCCAUCAAGCAGGUGAGUGGCAUCCAUACGGCGAUGAGCCGCAGGCGGGAACAGCGUGUGCUGCUGAUGGUGGUGAUCAUGGUGGUGUGCUACCUGCUGUGUUGGCUUCCCUACGGCGUCACCGCCCUGCUGGCCACCUUCGGACCCCUGGGCCUGGUCACGCCCGAGGCCAGCAUCGUGCCCUCGCUGCUGGCCAAGACCAGCACCUUCAUCAACCCCAUCAUCUACAUCUUCAUGAACAAGCAGUUCUACAGGUGUUUCCAGGCACUGCUGCGCUGCCAGACCCCCAAGCGAGGGUCCAGCAUCAAGAGCACCUCCAAGGUGGUCACCAAGGCCGUGAGGGCCGGCGCCGUCGUCGCGGGCAACGGCGCAGGCAACAACACUUGGGUCACCGAAUGCAUCGGUGCGGGCGACCACAACAUGGCCGUCAUGGUGGCCUCCCUAGACCAGCCGCCCGACGGUGCGGAUGGCUGAUGACCCCAUCCCCCUCAAGCACACACCAACUCACAGACAUAGACACACACAGACACACACACACACCCCACCCCCAUCGCACCCAAACCCCUCCAAGAUCAAACACACACACACCCAUCCAGACGUCUAACCCCAGGACCCCCCACACAGCAGAGGGCGCCGUGGAGAGACCCUGUGGCGGGCGGCGGGCCCAGAGGAGGGUGGCCAGGCAGACUCAUUGUACUUGAUGCUGCUCUGUUGCAUCAGCCUGCAUCCGUUAACAGGGGGGGGGGGGGGGGGGGGGUUGUCUGUCCUUCCGGACUACGGUUUAGCAGCAGGGGAAGGGUGUUAACGUUUUUCUUUGCACUUAGGUGGGAACCACACACAAACAAGGCACUGAGGAAGGGCAUAAGGAUUGCUUGGGAAUUCUCCCCAGAUGUUUUCCCUGCAUUGUUUUUUAUUUGGCCCGUCUUCCAUUAUAUUGCUCCGACAAUGAGAUGAAUAUGAACCUACUCGGCACAAGGAGAAUGUAAUGAUCAUAUCUAUUUAUCCCCCCUGCCUCAUGUUUCCCUUUCAUACUAAAGGCAGCCACUGUCGGUUGGCCGUUAAUAAUCUGUAGCAUUGGUAGCAUGCACAGCUUGAGUAGAUACAUGGUAUGUAAAUAUGCGCAAGAAUAAGAAAAAAGGAUUUGAAAAAACAGGAUUUAUGUUAUUUUAAUAUAACAGCUUUUGGCAAGAACAUUUAGAAUAUAAGAAUUAAUAGAAAUACAUUUAUAGAAUAAUGAACUUAUUGUUAAAAAAAUUAUACCAAAAUGGUGCCUGACUUUUAUCGACUGCCUGACAAUAAAGGACACACUUAAUUUUAGAACCGUGUUGAAUACAGGCCAUCUGAGCCCUGCGGCCCGCUGGACGUUCCACACACAUUUUUAACAUACAAGCACAGCACGACAUGUAUCUCCUCCUGUCCUUACCGAUACGUCAGGCUCAAGGGAGGUCAUGUUGCCAACAUAAUGUGAAGCUCAUAAAUGCCAGUGUCCACGACCUCCUUCCAACCCAGAAUGUCAGAGGAGGUAACAUCGGACAUUAUGCACUCGUCAAAGCAGAGUCAGCGCGAUACGUACCGCUCUGGGUCGGCUGGAAACUGAAGAACAUGGCCGUCUUGUUCAAUUGUUUGAACAUAGGAACACAAUGAAAACAAUGCAAAAUAUGUGCUAUAGGCCUAUUCGAAAGGAAAAUCGUUUUGUCGUAUUUUUUUUCCAACAUCUUAUAAAUACCUUAUAUUUUAUGUUG